AUGUGUGGAAAGACCUUCAGGCAAUGCCAAAACCUUACUCAACAUGAAAGAACCCACACAGGAGAGAAGCCAUAUACAUGCUUGCAGUGUGGGAAGAGUUUUUCUUCUAUUGCAAUCCUUACUACCCAUUCAAGAAUCCACACAGGAGAAAAGCCAUACACCUGUUUGCAGUGUGGGAAAAGAUUCACUCAAAAAGUUAAUCUUACUACACAUCAAAGAAGCCACACAGGGGAGAAACCAUUUUCAUGUUUGCAGUGCGGGAAAAGCUUCACUCAGAAAAGUAAUCUUAUUACACAUCAAAGAACCCACGCAGGGGAGAAACCAUAUUUAUGCUCGGAGUGUGGAGAAAGCUUUGCUCAGAAAUCUCAUCUUACUGGACAUGAAAGAACCCACACAAGGGAGAAAUUGUCUUGCCCACUGUUCGGAAAAAGCUUCACUCGGAAACUGCAGUUUACUAGACAUCAAAGAACUCAUGAAGUGAAGACACCAUAG